AUGGAGUCCUCUGGGGUUCCCAGAGAACAGGACAGGGUCUCCGAUAGGACAGGACAGGACAAGACAAGGCCCCCGAGGGCAGUGCAUGGUGGCAGCGGCUGUCCUGACCUCUAUGUUGAUGUCCCCACGGAGUCCUACGGGAAUCCGACAGGACAAUACAGGACGAGAACAGGGCAGGGCUGGCAGGGUCUGCAGGAUGGGAAGCGAGCCCGACGUUCCCCUCUUCAGGACAGGGCCACACCUGGUGAGGAGGCAGCAUCUGCGUCUGUCCCUCCUGCCCAGCUGGUUGCCCUGCAGGACUGCUUGGUUGUCCUGGGGUCCAGAUGGCAUGUCGAGGAGACCCCUGACCUGACUGUCCCCGGACAGGUGCAGAACGGUUUCUUCCCCACCCAUUUGGAGGGGACACUUCUUUUGGUCACGGUCAAGUUUAGGCCUCCAGACCAGCACGUUGUCCCUUGGGGACCGAGAGCAGGGGACAGCCGCUGUGCCAACAUAGGGGCAAGAAUCUGGCAGAGGGUCCUGACACUCAGGUGUCCUGGGGCAGGUCGCAGCCAGGGAGAGGGGGUCACAGCCACGGGGGGCAGGGGUCUGCUGUCACCAUUGUCUUUGUCCCCUCCUGGCCCAACGAGAGACAACGAGGGCGCUCAUGCUCUGAUCUGCGCAGAGGACCCUUGCCUGGCAUCGCUCAUUGACCAUGUCCCCAUUUCUUUCACGCGUGUUUGCACUCACAAGGUGCAGGAGAGCUGUCUGUACCUGGGAAGACACCUUGGGAUGGCGCCACCUCGGAGGAAGCGCCUGAGGAGAGCUGCGAAGGCCCCGGUGGAGGCUCCGGCUAUGGCAGCCAAUGACUUUUGGGGACAAGAGAGAAGAGACCUGAGUGGGCCGGAGGCUGUUCCUGAAGGAAACAAUCCAGUACCGGAUAAGCCCGGGGAGAACAGUCCUUCUGCAGGAACAUUUGAGGACGAUGUGGGGAAUGAAGUACAGAAGAUGCAGGAAAGGCUUGGAGUUGACAUUAAACAGCCUCUUCUCACAAAGAGAAAAAUGUUCGAAAUGGGUACAAAAGCUUCUAUCAAAACCACUAACGAAACAAGUGAGCAUGUUUGGAAACUACAACAAGAACAAAGGCAGAAUCUUCAUCUCAAAUAUUCUCAGCAGUUUCUGACUUUGUUUUGGGAGUGGAAUGUAGACAUGCAGAAAGCCCAGAAACAACAAGAAAAACUAGCCAGUAUGUUUCAAGAGCAACGAAAGGUUCUUCAACAAGCUAGAGCUGUUCAGAAUCAGAGACUGCAAAAAAUUAAAAAUUUAUAUGUGCAAUUCUUAGAGAGUAUGCAGGACUUAGAGAAGGACCAUGAACGUCUUCUUACUGAUGAACAAAGUGCAGUUAGAGAAGAAAUGACCAAGUUGCAAAACAAAAUUAUGAUGGAAGUUCAACAGCAAGAGCUGGCAAUUGUUGAAAAGUAUCUUCAAUCCCUGUUAUUCUGAUGACUUUGAAGAAAGAACUUGAACCUAAGUGCUAUGAUAGAAGCAUAACAUUAGCUACACUGAACCACAUUGCGGUAGUUUAAAAAUUGUAGUUGAAAUCAGUACAUCUUGUUUACCAUAGCUUGCUUGUUUAGUGCAAGAAUCUUUUCCUGCUAAAACCCCAAGCCCCAAACAGUUACGUGGGUAGCAGCAAUUCCACAAUUAUAUGUAUUAAGCUUUCAGCCCUUCGUUAGUAAUGAUGACUUUGUGUACUUAACACUGUUAAUUAACUUUUAGCAACAGGAUGAUUUAAUUUGAGGCUUGGCCUCCGUGGAUCUGUAUCAGUCCCAAAAGGUUCAGAGCACAUGUACAGAAAGAAGGUUACUUUGCUUUUCCUAAAGGAAAAAUAAAAUUAAAGGGUAUAAAAUCUCUCUUA